UGCUGGGCUCAGCCGGGCGCUGGCGGCUCCGUGGCGUUUCCUGCCACGCCGGGCCUGCUUGGGCCGCGCCAGCGCCGCUCCACCGAGGGCUGCGCGUCGGCCGCCACGGGGCCGGGGAUUCAGUGACAUUUGAUGAUGUGGCACAGUACAUCACAAAAGGAGUGACUGAGACUGGACGCCGAGCAGAGGACACUGGCAUAUUACAGGAAUGCGACCUCCAUGGGAGUUCCUGUUUUGAAUCCUACCUGGUGUGAGGACACGUGCUGCUGGUGUCUGCCCCGUCCCUUAGUGCAGAUCGAGCGAAGCCUUCUGAGGAGCAGUGUCUCGCGGUUCGCAUCUCAGAAGGCAUCUUGGUGACCCAACAGCCGACGAUGGGUGAAGACGCUCAGCCACAGGAGAUGGCAUCCACCAGCUCCCCGCGGGCCGGGGAGCCCAGCCCCGAGGCCAAACAGAACAGGGACUCUGAGCGGAGCGGGGGGAGCCUUCAGAACCCGCCUGUAGCACAUCACUUCGCAUGUAAAGAGUGCGGGGAUGCCUUUCGGCUUAAGGUCCUCCUCGUGCAGCACCAGAGAAUUCACAGUGAGGAGAAGGGCUGGGAGUGUGGGGACUGCGGGCAGGUCUUCAGGGGGGUCUCGGAGUUCAAUGAGCACCGGAGGGGCCAUGUGGCCGCAGAGCCCCAGCCCGGGCCCAGCCGAGCCCCGGAAGAUGCUCUGGAGAAGAGGGAGCAAAUGGAGAGGGAGGCGAAGCCCUUCGAGUGUGAGGAAUGUGGGAAGAGGUUUAAGAAGAACGCGGGCCUCAGUCAGCAUCUGCGUGUCCACAGCAGAGAGAAGCCCUUUGACUGUGAGCAAUGCGGGCGGUCCUUCAAGGUGAGCACCCACCUCUCUCGCCAUCAGAGGCUGCACACGUCCGAAAAGCCGUUCGCCUGCAGGGCGUGUGGCCGGGAGCUCCUGGAUCGCCAGGAGCUUCUCAAGCACCAGCGGGCGCACACCGGCCACCUGCCCUUCGACUGUGACGACUGCGGCAAGUCCUUCCGCGGCGUCAACGGCCUGGCCGAGCACCAGCGCAUCCACAGCGGGGCCAAGCCGUACGGGUGCCCCCACUGCGGCAAGCUCUUCCGGAGGAGCUCGGAGCUCACCAAGCACCGCCGCAUCCACACGGGCGAGAAGCCGUACGAGUGCGGCCAGUGCGGGAAGGCGUUCCGGCAGAGCUCCAGCCUCCUGGAGCACCAGCGCAUCCACACGGGCGAGCGGCCCUACGGCUGUGGCGACUGCGGCAAGGCCUUCCGCGGGCCGUCCGACCUCAUCAAGCACCGGCGCAUCCACAGCGGCCUGAAGCCCUACGAGUGUGACAAGUGCGGGAAGGCCUUCCGGCGGAGCUCGGGCCUGAGUCGCCACCGGAGGACCCACAGCGGGGCGAGGCGCUGCGAGUGCAGCGCGUGUGGCCGCGUGUUCAAGAGGCGCGCGGCGCUGCAGAAGCAUCAACCGACCCACCACGACUAGAGGAGGCCCCCGGAGGCGGCGGCUUCCCGCGGGGGCA